GGCCACGAACCUAAUAUUGGUUUCUGUUUGGGUUGUCGGCCUUUAGUUUGUGUUACUCCUUCUUUGUUCUGAUGCUGCGACGAGUAAUUACAGUCCAGUGAAGUAGCUAGCCACUUAUCGAUGGAGCCACUAUUAGAUACUGGGCAGCCCCUUGCCGCGAGGCUUAGAUCGCUCGGUGCUCCUAGCGGAAAUGUCGACGGCGGCAAGAUCGCAAUUGCCUCGGCAUUGGCGCGCGACUUAUGCGCUGCUUCCUGGGCCCCAGCAAGGCCGAGCGCGGACAUCCCACCUUUGCGCGUGCUGGCCCACUACCAUCGCACGCUGCUGGAAUGGACCGUAUCUUGCAUAUUGAAGCUAAAGCCCGCCACAGGGGCAAAACCCGCCGCACAAGUCACGGCAGCGGCGUCUGCAAAGGCCGGAAGCAGCACAGCGGACCGAUCAAAAGACGCCCCUCCAGGCUCCUUCCUAGACCAGGCCCUACCGCUCUGGCGGCUUCUGCAGCAGCAGCUGGAAGGGGAAUGUACGGCAGCAGCACCAACGACAGCAGCAGCGGCGGGGUUGACGGCGGUGGCAGCGGCGGCAGCCGCUGGCGCCAGCGUGCCUGGAUCCCUCUUGGCGGCGGCGGCGCAGUGUGUACGAGCAGCGGCGGCUGCUGCUGGCGCAGUGGCGGGUACGACAGCUGUCACAGCGGAGGCGGCGGCGGAGCCACAGCCGCCGUCGCAGGAUCUCCUUAUGUCGGUACGCAUCUGCUUACAGCGAUUGCUGCCAGCAGCUAGCGGAGGCGGCAGCGGCAGCGGAGGUGCUGGCGGCGGGUUGCUGCAUCCGUCCUUUGAGCAGUGCAUGACGAUGCUGACUGCCGUACUGGAUGUACGACCGUCAAAAGGAGCAGCUACCGCAGCUACUGCUGCCACUGCUGCUACAGCCGUACCCGCCGCUACCGCGACGGAUGAUGGCAGCGCUGCCAAGGGUAAGAAGCGCAAAGAUCGAAAGUCUACAGGGGCCGCUGGCGCUACCGCUGCACCCGUCCCGCCGCCUUCCGCGUCGCCAGCGGCGUCAGCUUCCGCUGCAGCGUUAUCGCCGGCGUUUGCAGGAGAGUGGACAGCGUUGUGUGCCGUCGUGGUUCAGAUGACCCAUGGGUCGGUGCAGGGCCAUCCGGUGCCGAAGAAAGUCUGGCAGGCGUUCGUGCCUGCGGGCUUGGUGCUGCCGCUUCUAGAGGUGGCCCAACCGCAAGAUGCCUUGCGGAGCACGAUGCACCUCGUGCUGGGAGCAGGGGCAGCGGCGGCAGGGUCAGGGGGGGCGGCAGUAUCAGCGGGAAACGCGCAGGUUUCAUGGGCGGCGGUUUCGGAGCUAAGCCGGGCAGCGCAGCAGCUUCUAAGUGCCGUACUGUUCCAUGAGGUCCACGUGGGAGCGCUUGCAGAGAUCUUUCACACGUUGAUCAGUCGCAAGGAUCAGGAGCCCGCUGCCUCUGCUGAUGCUGGGGAUGCUAACAAUUCCGCCGAUGCGGCUAGUGCUGCUGCGGCGGCAGCGGAUAAGGACGAAAUAGACAUUGAUGACGCAACCGCUGCAGAAGCAGGCGGCAGCGGUAGCGGCAGCGCCGCGGCGACGGCUGCGCCUCUCCAGGAAACAUCAUCCCGGCCCCUCCUCAGCGGAUUCCGGGAGACGGUUGGACGCAGCUACCACGGGCAGUUGCUGCAGGUCCUCUCCAAUGCCAUUGCGACUGCUGGCAGCAGCAGCAGCAGCAGAAGCGGCGGUACAAGCAGCAACAGCAGCAGCGACAGCAACGCUCGAGUGAUCGUCUCGGGCCUGCCCUGGCUGCUACGCUGCUUCUGUCGCGCCGUAGCGCGGGUACGACGCACUCUUGCGGCUGACGCAGCUGCGGCGACGGCGGCCGCCGGAGGCAAAGGCCGCCGCCGUCAGCAACCGGGCGGCGAUGACGACGGAGGGGACGCUGAAGGCGGCAGCGGCUCAAAGGAAGCAGCAGCCGCCGCCGGCGGCAGCGGCGGCAGAGCAGCAGCCUCGAGUAAGGCCCUGGCGGCGGCGGAGUUCAACUGCAUGGUCGUUCUGUCGUACAUGCUGCUUCAGCCGCCGUCGCGUGACGUGUCGCCCAAGGGCGAGGCGGGCCGUCCGGCCAAACGGCGCAGGACGGCGGCAGUGGCAGCGGUGGCGGCAGAUGACGGUACGACAAGUGCGGCGGCGACGGAAGCUGGAGGCGGCGCGGGGUCGGCAGCGUGUCGUCGGUUGGCGCUGUCGGGCCUCCUAGCGGCUGGGCGGGUCCUGGGCGCCUACCAGCCCACUCGCGACCUCACAGGCGCUCACGGCGCAUGCCUGGCCGCAAUCGCCUGGGAGGUGCUGACGACGGGACGAGGAGGGGUCGCCGCGACGGGUGGCGGCGGUACGGCAAUGACGUUGUCAACGUCGUCGUCGUACGGCAAUGCUGAUAACGUCAUCAGCGGCGGUGGCGGCGGCGUGUUGGGCCCUCUGAGCUCUUCCCUGGCGCUGUGUGCGCUGCUGGACUUGGACCAUCGGGUCCUCACGCCCCAUCUCGAGAGGGUUUGGACGCUCCUCUGGGACACCGCCGCUGCCUCAUCAUCUUCGGCCUCGGCACCCUCCACCAGCCACAAUGAGGCCAGUACGGCAGCAGCAGUCGCCACCUCCGCCGGUGUCGCCGCCGCCGCUGCCGUACUACAACGCACCAUUCGUGCCUUCGCCGACCUCCGACAGCUGCAAAGCCUGUUGGAAUCGUUGGGGGCGGCCAUGAGGGCUUUAUGCUGCCGUACAGGCAACACGGCGGCGGCGUGUACGACAGGAGGUCCAGGAAGUUGUACGGAUGUCGUGGCGGCGUUGUUGGCUAGGGCCGAGGUGUUGGGGGCGCUGCGUCAGGCGGUUUCUGGAGCGCCCUCAGGUCAGCUGCCUGCACUCGUAGCCUGGGUAGCUAGCGACCUGGAGGCUUGGACCGCACUUGCGCCGCCGCGGGCUUCCGGGAAAGAUACGGCAAGUACGACAAACGCUACAGCCGCUAACGGUGAUGAUGAGGAGGAUGAAGCAGCCGACGGCAGCAAUGCGAUGGCGGCAGCAGCAGGGGAUCUGUUGCUCGCCGCUAGCGCUCUGUACGACACACUGCUAGCGGCGCUUCGAUUGGAUCUCGCCACUGCCGUACCCGUUAGUAACGCUAACAACCAACGGUUGCUAGCGGCGCUUUCAGGAACCCUGUGUACGGCGGUUCAAGCGUACUGCAAGGCCCUGAAGUCGGCCGAGAAAACGGCAGCUGCUGCCGGAAACGGAAAAUCUGCCGUACUUCGCUUUAGUACGGCAUGGCUAGCGUUGCUCCUGCGAUCGUACAGCGCCGUCGUACGGUUGAAUGCCGCAUGCUCCGGUCUUCAUCCAGAGGUACUACCGCUGCUGCAGCAGGAAGUAGAGGUAGCAGCAGCUGAGAAGCGCCGUACCCUGGACGGACAUGCAGGAGGUUACUUGGCGGCGGCGCUAGCCCAAGCCUCCGCCGCCGUCGCCGCCGGUGACGCCGCAGCCACGUCCACUUCGGAACCGAUGUAUAAGGCCCUUCGCAAGGCGCUGAAACGCGCAUGUAAGUGCAGCGAGGACGGCGCUAGCGGGGGCGGCGGCAGCAAGAGCAGUCGCCGCAAAAGCGCCGCGGGAACAGCGGCGGCGGCGGUUAAGGAGGCGCCUCCGCUGGUAGCGCUGGCUAUGCUGGCGCUACGGCAGGGGUUGGCGACGGCGAGCACGGCAACAAGUACGGCAGAGGCGGCUGUUUCGCCGUACGAUUGGUCUUCGGUGGAGCUAUCCAGAGCGCUGUUCAGGUGUCUCUGUCAGCGGCUGCAAACGCUGCAUGAGCGUGUAGUACGACGCCGCCAUACGUGCCCACUGUACGGCAAACCGCCUGUACGGCAUGGCGGAGAGGCGACGGGGGUGUCGGAGGCGAACACGGAGGCAUCCGGCGCCAGCGCUGCGGCGGCGACGGCGGCGGUGGAAGAGGAGGAAGAGCUGCGAAUGCUCGCCAACCUCCUGCUGUCGCCCUUUUCUCCGACGGCGGCGGCGGCAGCUGCCGGUAUCUCCGCUCCCAGCGGUGUCGUACAUUCGUCGGCGGCGGCAGCGGCAGCAACGGCGACGGUAACCGCCUGGGGCGACGUUCUCUCCUUGAUGGGCUGUAUAGGCCCCUGGGCGCAACCUAAAGCUCUGGCGGAGGUGAUGCAGGUCGUACUGCGUUCGUACUGCCUGCCGUACAGACCAUCCAGGCUGACGUCAUCAGCUGCCGUCGCCGCCGCCGCUGACGCCGCUACGGCCGCCGGCAACAAGGGUUCCUCUAGCGGUGGCGGCGGCAUCCUCCGUCUCUUGCAACCAGCUAGCUUCAGCAGCAUUCGCUUGCUCGAGUUCCAAGAUCUCGACGGUGUGCGGCAGGCGUUGCCGUACGCUUGGAUGGCGGAGGUGGCGGAGGCGCUGACGGAGGUGGUGGUUGAAGUACGACACUUGGCGGCGGCGGCGCCGGCGGUGGCGGCGACGUCCGCGCCGCCGCCGCCUUCAUCGCCACAGCGACCGCCGAAGAAGGCGCGGAAGGAACGCAAGUCAGAGGGAGCCGCGGACGUUGCUGCUGCCGCCGCCGCCGCCACUGCUGCUGUUAGUCAUGAUAGGUUAGAUGCCUUGCUGGCUGCUGCUGCUGCAUCAACGCUAGUGGGCCCUGAUGACGACGACAACGCCGGAGGUAUCCAAGGCGCAGGCGGCGACGGAGGCACAUCCUUGGAAGCACUCAAGCACCUCCUAGCGGACCAAGCCACCGCGUUAGGUGUACUCCUCGGAGGUCCGACGGUAGGGCAAGCGGUCAGCCCUCCUGGCGCCGUCACCGAAGCCGCUGCCGCUUCCGCCGCCGCCGCCAGGCUGCGUUCCCUGUUGGGCGUCCUGUACGGCAUCAUGCAUCCAGAAGUAAUGCCUAGGAAGGCCCGCAAGGGCCUCGUACGGCAGGUGUCGGCGGCGGCAGCUGCUUUGGUUGAAGUCCUAAUGCUUCUGCUGUCGUCGGGGACUCGACAGGACUCGACGUCGUCGCGUACGGCGGCGGUGGCGGCAGCAUCGCGGGAUGUUUUACAAGUCGCCGCCGCUUGCCUGCGUGCCUGGCAGCACAUGCUGCUGCUGUGCGGUGGCGACUUGGGUCCCAGCGGCGCUGCUGACGACGUCGACGACCCACGGGUCACAUGGCUGGUGAACGUGUCGCGAUUCCUAGUGGCGGUGCCGUCAGCAGCGCCCAUGGCGGCGGCGGACGUUGUUAGUUUCCACGGCGUACGACAGGAGGGCUACCUCGUCUGCGAGGUGAUGCAGCUUACCGGGCGGCUUAUGGAGGAGCUCCUGCUGUGCCGACCCAUGGGUCGCGACCGCCACAGCGACCCGGACGCGGGACCCCAAGCAUGUCUGCGUCUCGCCAAGCAGCUGCUGAAGCAGGCCAAGCGCGCCGCCGCCGCCGCCGACGGAGCCAGCCCGGCAGCGGCGGCGGAUUUGUCAAUCGUAUGCCGACUGGCCCUUUCCUGCGCGACGGCGGCUGCGAAGACGUCGGCGCUGACGACGACUUACAGCCGGGCUGGAGGCGGCGGCGGCGGCGCUGACGUGGCGGAGGCGGCGGUGGAGGCGGCAGAAGCAUCCCAUAAGUCGUACCAGAAGGCGCUAUCUCGUCUGGCAUCGCAGGCAGCGGAGUUGCUACAGUCUGUAACAGCAAUCGCUGACAGCACCGUCGCUGCGGCAGCGGCAGCGAAUGAACCCUCGCGUGACGAUGGCGGCGCCAGCAAAGUAGGUGCCGUACAGAGCUCAGCGGCUGUACAUGCGGUACUUGUCGUACGAGCGGCACUUUGUAUGGCGGCGUGCCAAGGCCAGCUCCUGAAAAUGUCCCUGACGCUGGCUAGUGGCGUUGGAGCCGCAGCAGCCGGCAGCAACGGCGGGGCUGCCACUGCCGCCUCCAAGCGUGGUUCCGGCGUAAAGACGGCAUCCUUAGCCGCAACACUGCCGCCGCUUGGCGGCAAUGCUUUGCCGUGCUUGCUCCGUCGAGCUGGCGAGUGGGUGGCGGCGGAACGCCGACUGCUGACGUCAGUCGCAUCGGUCGCCGGUAACGGCAGCGACGGCAGCAACUGUUCUCUAACGGCGGCGGUUGAGGUGGUUACAGAGCCGUUGGAGCAUUGCUUGACGCUGAUGUACGGCACUGCUGCAUGGAUGCCGUACAUGCGUCAUGCAGGCCAAGGUCGCUGUCCGACAGGCGGUACGGCAGGCGACGGUGUGAAUGACGAUGGAGGCGACAAAAUGGAUGUGGAGGAGAAGGAGAAUGAUCCGAGUUCGGAUGCCGUACAAGCGCUGCUGAUCGCUGUACAACAGGGGCUUAUGUCAUGCCUGGCGCCUCCGGAACGCAGCUGUCAUUCCAGGACGAGCAACAUGUGGGGUGUGUUGCUUGCUGAUGUGGACUCCGCUGGCGUUGCUGGUUGCUCGCGACGGAUGCUGCUGGAGGCUUUCAGGGACACCCUGGCCCGGAGCAACCGCCAGCAGCUUUCAGCCCUGCUACGCUCCCUCACGGCCCAGAUCGUCCAAACGACCCAAAUGGCCCAUGGGUCAGUCGUAGCCGCGAUCUCAACUGCUGAGGCAGCAGCUGCCUCAUCCGUUGCGUCACUGCUGCCGCCGCUGCAUUGCCUCCUGGUUGCCCUGGAGUGUCUGAGUGGCCCACGGGUCACUAAGCUCCUGUCAGCGCAGGGCCCGACGCUGGCAGCUGCAUUGACUGAGGUAAUGGGCGCUCUCGCCACGCGAGCGACGCUGAUGGCGGCCGGCGGCGGUUACAGCUCCGUCGCGAGCAGCUCGAGUGUCGCCACUGACGUCAGUGGGCGACUGGCGACGGAGGCGGCGCUUUGCUGUGUCGCACGAUGCCUUCAGUCAAUGCUGGGCCGUGAAACGACGUUCCGUUUGGAUGCCCCAACGGUCACUGCCGUACUAGCGGCUACAACCGCCGUUGCGUCAUCUCCGUUGCUACGUCCGCAGGGGGCUUCAGCACAGGUUGCCGGCGGAGGCGGCGCAGGUGAACGUGUCGAGGGAGGACAGAGGGACCUCUACUUCUUGCAUGCGGCAUGCAGCGGCCUCAUUGCCUCUGUCGUACGGCAUCAUGCUAACACCGUGCGAAAUUGUAUGGCACUGGUGGUGGAGGCGUCACGGGCUUUGCUAAUGCGCUUGGCGGCAUGGGCGUCUGAGCUUCGGUCUGCACAGCGGCAUGCGCAGUUACUGACGCUUCAACUCCAGCAGCUGCAACAGCAGCAGCAGUACCAACGGCAGGAUGUACGGCAGCAGGCCGUGCGGACAGCGAUGGGGGCGGCGGCUACAAUCACAGCCGCAAGCGACGGCCUCACACGCUGCGCAGCGGCGCUAGCACGAGUGUACGACGCGGUUUCGGAGCAUCCCAAAACCCUCGGCAAGUACGGCAUCCACAUGCUGGCAGAUUACGUCGUUCACGUGGGAACGCCGCUACCCUCCCUGGCACUCAUUCUACACGACAGCGGGAACACAACCGCUGACCCAUGGGUCGUCUCUGCUGCAGCUGCUGCUCCCGGACCGUCAGAGCUCCUCAACCAACCGUCAACGAACCAUUCUCCAGACGACGACAGCCAUGAGUCGAACGACAACACGCACAGCGACCUCGCUGCGGCAGUC